UGUCGGGUAUGAACUUGCUUGGGGGAUCUCUGAUUUGGAUCGUCACUGAAACUACAUUUUCAACUUCCUGCAAGCUUCAAUGGCCGAAUUACCAUAGCGCACGUUAGCAAACCCUCACAUAGUCACAUCGCCAUGUCUCGUUUUCUAUCAAUCUCCAUAUUACUGUUAUUCGUACUCCACGUUUCCUCUGAAUCCGCCGGAGAAGAAGAAUUCACGGAGGAGCUGUUGUUCCGGCCGCUUCCUGAUCGGAAAGUUCUUUCGCAUUUUCACUUCGAGAGUAGAGCUCCGCCUACAAAUUCGUAUGGACAUCACCACCGGCUUUUUCCCAAAGCUAUUUAUCAGCUGGUUCACAAAUACCGAAUAAAACAAAUGGAAUUAUCUUUCACUCAAGGUCGUUGGAACUACGACAGCUGGGGUGGUUUUGACCCUAUUGCAAGCAGCAACGCCAAACCUCCUGGAGUCGAAUUAUGGGCUGUUUUCGGUGUUCCUCCAGAUCAGGUUGACGCUUCUUGGAAAAACCUAACACACACACUUUCAGGCCUUUUUUGUGCUUCAAUCAACUUUCUAGAAUCUUCCACCGCCUAUUCUGCUCCUGAUUGGAGCUUUCGCUCACUUUCAGGAAAUUUACGAUACGGUUCAUUACCUCGAGAGGCUGUCUGCACCGAGAAUCUGACUCCGUGGUUAAAAUUACUUCCAUGCCGAGACAAAUCUGGGCUUUCCUCAUUAAUGAACAGACCGUCAAUUUACAGUGGAUUUUAUCAUUCUCAACGGUUACAUUUAACUUCCGAUGAGUUUGAUCCAGUGGCUUUGCAUGGAAUCAUGCUUGAACAAACCCUCACAAUUGUUCUUCAACCAGAUUCUUUGGAAACUCACCCUUCAUUCUCUGGCAGUAGAAAAUUACAACCGAGCUGGAGUAUGAGUUCAUUAUUCGGAAAAACGGUUGAUGGAAAAUGCGCUCUUGCUAAGUCUAGUAACGUUUACGUUCAACUUGAGGGGAGCUUGGUUUAUAACAUGAAAAACACAUGGAACAGUAUUGACAGUUACGAGGGUGAUUCAAACUUUGGAUUUACUGUUUCUCCAGACAGAAUGAUGAAAGAAAUUAACAGUAUCGAUAAAGAAGGCUAUUCUAUCUUAUAUGGUUUCUCAAUUAAUAAUGACCAUAGCUCUAAACCGUUUGAUUUGGGAUUCUGGUGGAAGCUUCCGGUAACUUGGUCAUGUGUGAAGGCGCCAUUACGUGUAAGUCGGUUUCUAAUGGGAAGUGGGAAUGAGAAGGGUGCUAUUGCUCUCUCUUUGCAGUCAACAGAAUGGAGUCAGAGCCUCUUAAAAGCCGACAACAAUGGAGAAAAAUGUAACUUGCGGGUAGAUGUUUUUCAACUUGUGCCUUGGUAUAUAAAAGUAUAUUAUCAUACCACAAAGAUAUAUGUCGAUGGGGCAUCACAAUCUCUUGGAGAUAUCAUUGAAAAGAUGAGUGUCUCACCGUCUGAAGAUAAGGUGUCCCCUGGAGUAAUGGAAAUGAUCUUAAGAUUACCUUGUGACAUGAAAUCAGCUUCAUUAACUUUAGAAUUUGACAAGGGUUUCUUGCACAUAGAUGAGUAUCCUCCGGAUGCUAACCAAGGGUUUGACAUCCCGUCUGCUAUAAUCAGCUACCCGGAUUUCCAGACACGCUUACAGUAUAAACUGGAUACCACUUCGAUUAAGUCACCUAUGGUGUCAAAGAUGCAGGAAAGAAGAACAAUACUGUCUUACACAGAAGUGCUUCUUGUUCCUUUGACAACCCCUGAUUUUAGCAUGCCUUACAAUGUAAUCACGAUCACAUGCACUGUCUUUGCGUUAUAUUUUGGGUCGUUAUUAAAUGCAUUGAGAAGGCGUGUUGGCGAGGAAGAAAGACUUAGGAAAAGCAAAGAUAAAAGUACUGGUAAGCUCCGAUUGCUGUUAUCCAAGUUGUCAGCUAAGUUGAGAGGAAAACCUUGGGAACCACCGUCAUCAACGCCACCAUCUUCAUCCUCUAAAUUCAUAAGCACAAAGGUAGUUAUAAAAAUCAUAUUAAUAGCCGCCAUUGCUUUCGGGUGGCAGUAUUAUGAUGGGUGACCUCUAUUAUGUUGAACAGAACUGAGAUUUUGUUUCAUUUGGCCUUACAGAAAUUAGGAACGUUAGAACCAUAUUUUUUUUCCUCAUGUAUUCGAAUUUUGUAUGAUUAAGUUACUACACGCCCGGUCAAUUUACCACCGUUUAGAAGACCU